AUAUCAUCUUAUUUUUUUUUCUUUCUUUCUUAGGUAUAUAAUCGAACUUCCUUCCAACAUACCAAAUUACAUGGUCAUAUUGAUUCUGUUAACACGUUACAACAUAAGAACAAUAUAUUGGCUAGUGGAGGAAAAGACAAGGUGGUGAAACUAUGGUCAAUGUAGUAUAAAUAGAUGUAUUUAGUUUUAGAACAAUAUUUUUCUCCCGUCUCUUCAUAUGAUUGUACUUUUUUUUUGAUUUAUUUUAUUUUAUUUGAUUUUAUUUAUUUAUUUUACCAACCAUUAUGUGGUCUUGAUAAACCCAUUCUUCUUACCCCCUUUCAUCGUGUUUUAUAUAUUCAUCUUUAUUUUUGUCAUGCAAUAAUGUUUGAUUUUUCUUUGACUCAAAAUAAAAAAAAAAUAAUCUUAUGUAUAUCAUAUCAUUACAGUCAUCCAUCAAUGCAUUAACCAUUUAAUAUCUUCUAAUAAAAUCCAAGAUGUGAGAGUUCCAAAAAAAA